AUGCUGUCCCAUCGCACCUCACACGCACGGGCCGUGGUGGAUCGGACGACGUGCGAAAAAACGGCGUGCGAUGUCUCGACGCAGUGGAGGACCGACUGGCCAUCGCCACCCGGGUCGUUUGUCAUGGACGACGUGUAUCGAGCUUGGGCCACGUGGGAAAAAGAACGCACCCAAGAGGCCCAGCAAGUCUUGCUGGAACGAGCCGCGGUGGCAUGUGCUCAGUUUCGGGCAUGCCCCACCGAGCACGAUGCGCCUGCCGUGUGGGCAUGGGCCAUGCGCGUCGUGCGUGCGUGGCUCGACUACGAGGGCCGUAUCGAUCCACGGAAAGAGGACGUGCGUGAGGCCCGAGCGCAGCAUGCCGACGUGGUGCGUGCCACGCUCGGCAUUCUGCGCAAUGCAUCCCUAUCUGACGACUACGCGUGCCAAGCGCUGGCGCACACCGACACGCUGGCACAGCUGUGUGCCAUGUGUGUCGCGUACGAGCGCAUGUCCGAGCCAGCUCUCCUCGUCAUGAUUCGCGUCCUGACACAACUACUUGUCAAUCUCGUGACGCGACACGAGGCUGUUCGCGAUACACUAUGGACACUGCUAGCUGUGCCGCCCAACGAGGCCGGCGUGGCGGGCGAGACGAUCCUGCGGCUGCUCUCCAGCGCCGACGAUCGCACGAGUCUGGCCGCCCAUGUAUUCCUGCUGAACAGCGCAGCGCCACACACCUGCCACAGCCUCGUGCACACUGCGCACGGCCGCCGCGUCCUGCAAGUCGUCCUAGCCUCGUAUGACGCGGCCCUCGUCCACGAGGCGUCCGAUACCUUGCACGUGAUCCUAGCCUUGUCCAGCCGGCUCUGUGCGCAUGGGCAUUGGGGCCCUUUGCUCCAAGCGCUUGGGCCCACAGAGGAUAUGAAUGCGAGUCAGCUGGCUCUGGUGCGUACACUCAUCGACAACAUGCACAUGAACGAGGAGGGGGUGUUGGCGAGUAUGAUCGCGUGCCUGGAGCCGCUGGCGCGCAUGGUCACGGAUCUCUCACGAGCUACGACACAAUGCCUCGCCACGAUCCAAGCGGAUCCGGCGCAGGUACCACGCCUCGUGCGAGCGCAUGUGGGGCUCCUGGCGUUGCUGGAGGCCGUGCAUGUGAUGGCGUUGCACGCACAGGAGACGCCCUCCAACGAGUCCACACGCAUACUCGCCGACAUGCGCUCGUCCGACAUGAUCCACGCCUGCAUUGAGCUCCUUCGCGAGGCACGGGCCUUUGUGCCGCCACGCCCGCCUUUCCAGCCAGCAGCUCCCGCCGUGCAGGCGGACGCGCACGAGCGGCCGUCUCAGCUCCAUACACCGCAGCCAGACGAUGACCGACCGGGUCUGCCGUACCUCAAGCGCACUGCUCUGCAGGUGCUGGGCACGCUGGCAUUUCAUGCGAAGGGCACGUCGUGGGACGAUGUGCAUGCAUUCCAGGACCGCGUUCGCGAGGCUGGCGGCCUCAUUGAGGUCCUGUCGCUCACGCAGCUCGACGAACUGAAUCCGUACAUCCGCGAACAUGCCAUUUUUGCGCUGCGAAACUUACUGGAUCGCAACCCCACGUCGCAAGACCACGUCGCACAGCUACGACCCCAUACGUAG